CACGCACUGGUUCCAAGGCAGUUGGGAUUUGACUCGCGCCGCGCCAGCUCUGAUGCACCUGAAGGACUUGAAGCGCGCGCGCCUCCUCUUGCCAGUUGGGGCUGUUGCGGGGGGCUGAGCCACCGCCUCUUCCUCUCCUUCUCCCGGAGUCGCUGAGCGGGGCGCGCCGGUCCCCUGGCUGGCUGGCGUGCGGAGCCAGCCCCGCCAUGUGCCGCUCCCCGAGCCCGGCUGCUGGGGCGUGAGCCGCGCUGCAGUCUCCGAGCCUCCGCGGCGCCGGCCGGCAGGGAAAACAGAAUGAAGGAAAUCAUGUCUAAUAACAACACAACCAAUAUAUCUCAAGCAAGAAAAGCUGUGGAGCAGUUAAAAAUGGAAGCAUACAUGGACAGGAUAAAGGUAUCCAAGGCUGCAGCUGAUUUAUUGGCAUACUGUGAUGCUCAUAUUGGAGAAGAUCCCCUUAUUAUACCAGUGCCUGCAUCUGAAAAUCCCUUCAGGGAGAAGAAAUUCUUUUGUACUAUCCUUUGAAUUACUUCUAAUGUCUGCAAAUUAAAGAGCCACAUCAAAUACACUUGCGCAUCAGUGUUUAAAAAAGCUGUGUUUACAAAAAUCAAGUCUGUUCAUUGGUAAACUUAUUUUGAAAUGAAAACAACUCAUUGUUUUGUGCAUGAUGGUCUGCACUCUGAAACACUGAUGGAAUUAGUCUUAAAUGUCUGUUCUUGUUUUCUAAUAACCCACUAGUGUGUUUAUAACAACUUUCAUCCUCUUGAACAAAGAUAAGUCCAAAACUCAGCCAAAUCAAGAUAAUUAAUUUUAUACCUCCUGAGACUCUUCUGUGCUUACAGUAAAAAGGGGGUAAAUAUGUAAUCCAUACUUGGCGUAUUGUAUGUAUAUAAUAUAUCUGAGGAGAAUAUA